GGAGCGGCUGGCCGGGUAUGGCGUCCAUGGCGGCGGCGAUCGCGGCCUCGCGCUCGGCGGUCAUGAGCGGGAACCGGCCCCUGGACGACAGGGAGCGGAAGCGCUUCACCUACUUCUCGUCGCUGAGCCCCAUGGCCAGGAAGAUCAUGCAGGACAAGGAGAAGAUCCGCGAGAAGUACGGGCCCGAGUGGGCGCGGCUGCCGCCCGCGCAGCAGGACGAGAUCAUUGACCGGUGCCUGGUGGGGCCGAGAACCCCAACUCCCCGCGACCCCGGGGACCCCGGGGACCCCGACGACCUAGCGCGCUUCCCGGGCCUGCGCGGGCCCACGGGCCAGAAGCUGGUGCGCUUCGGGGACGAGGACAUAACUUGGCAAGAUGAGCACUCUGCCCCUUUCUCCUGGGAAACAAGGAGUCAGAUGGAGUUCAGCAUCUCCUCCUUAUCCAUCCAAGAGCCAAGCAGCGGCACAGCCACCAGCGACCUGAGGCAGCUGUCCAAAGCUGCUCAGGGCUCUCAAAACCUCCGAUCCUCCCAGGGCAGCAAGUCCUCCAGCCUGGAUGCUCUGGGUCCUUCCUGGAAGGACGAGGAAGCGUCCUUCUGGAAGAUCAAUGCCGAGCGGUCCCGGGGGGAUGGGCCCGAGGCUGAGUUCCAGUCCUUGACCCCCAGCCAGAUCAAGUCCAUGGAGAAAGGUGAAAAGGUCUUGCCAACCUGUUAUCGGCAGGACCCUGUCCUGAAGGACAGGGAGGCCAAGGUGGAAAGGCCAGGCAAUCCCCGCCAGGAGCAGCGCAUCCUUCCCAGUGUCAUUGCUGAGCAGGAGAGACCCCCACCCGUCCAGGCCUGCACCAGUGUGUUGAAUGAAGUCACCCCUUCUGAGCCCCUGCCGAAGCUUCCCUCUCCUGAGGCCAGGCGGGAGGACGUGGACGACAUGGAGGACACUCUGUUCUCAGAUCCUGUACCGACACAGGUCAGCUCAAGUAAUGUCGUCUUGAAGACGGGAUUUGAUUUUCUGGACAAUUGGUAAAACACGUUAGACAAAAAAAAUAAGACCAUGAGCCCUAAAGUGUUUUCCAAAGUGGUGCGGUGGAGGGGGAUCACGAGGGCAGCAUUUCCUUGGUUCCUGUGUACUUUUAGUCAUUUGGGAACUGCUAAAUAUUGCCCUGUCCAGAUUUUUCCCCUUUUGGUAAGACCAGACAUACAUGCUCUUUUCAGUGAUUUGAUAAUAGAAGUUUUACAUUUGGAAUUUUUAAAGACUGAACUAGGAAUUCAGUAAAUCUUGUAGAUAAAACUUCUGUUGCCAGCUCCACCUAAUUUUCCUGAACCCUCCUCAGUGGAAAUGUUUUCUCAACCACCACGAAAAUUGGAAAAGUGAUUUUAUGAUUUAUUCCUUCCUUUUUCAAAUGUAUGGGGUUAUCUUUAUUGGGUGAUGAUUGGUGAUAUCCUCAGCAAUAAUGACUUUGGCAUGCUGGUUGGGACCAAGGCAAGAUCUGUACCCCACGAAGUCUCACCCGAGGCUCCCAGCUUCCCAGGGCUUUCCUGGCUUAAGCCAAUUCCCUCAAAUUAUGUGCCACUUCAUGUCUAUUCCAGGAAACAGAUGUUGGCAUGUGGCAGAGUUUGUCUCUAAGCUGCCCUGAUAGUUAUUCAAACUUUUCCUCAUUGUUUAACAAGAGUUGCAUGUUUAACCAUUUUGUAUUAACUUUUCAUUAUUUUGUAUCUAGAUUUAGCAAUUGUAAGGGCUCCCCCUUUUCUUGAGUUUGUACCAGUCUCCUUCUGGAAGUUCUUGGCUGCUUAUGUAGAUUGUGAAGCGGCCCCUGACCUGAGCACCUGCCAGAGCAGGACAGAUGGCAGGUGUGACUGAAAAACCCGGCUCUUCUGAUUAGCUGUCUUAGAACCCUCCAGUGUGAGACUGGCAGGGGUGUGGACAUCCUUCAUCCCAAGGACUGGUCAUGCUGCAUCGUGAUGGACCCUCCCCCAACCCCAUCCACCAGCAGAAGUGGAAGAGUUGAGUUUCUACCGUGCCCCAGCCUCACCCCCUGAAGAUCCUUAUGGCACAGCAAUAGCAUCUUCUAGAACUGGACUUCUUUGCCCACUGUGGCCCCUGGCGCUCUGGUGGUGGGGCAGGGCAGUGGGGAGGUCUGCCAGCCUUCCCUGGGAAGCCUGUGCCCAAGCGACGUCCUGAGUUCUGUGAGCCCGCAGGACUCGCAUUGUGUGUGUGGGCUUCACAUUGCCUCUCACUGUGUUCUCCUCACCUGAAGCCUUAAUCCCUGAAUCCUGCCAGUGAGCGCCUACUUUCAAUAUCAACGUGUCUUUUUUGAAAUGCUUUUCUGUUUCAUAGGCCCAUAGGACCUUCUGAAAUGAUUUCCAGAAUAUUUUAUCCAGAAUAUUUAUCUCCUUGGUAACACACAUGGCAACUUUUUUUUUCCCCCAGGAAAGUUCCUACUAGUGCAGGGGCUUAAGCCAACUUGUGGAUCAGUUCCUGCCAAUUGCCUAAUGUCCCAAAACCUCAUUAGGCUCCUUGGAAUCCUGGACUUCACCUUCCUCCUCUGGUGACGGACUAGAUCAUGAUAGAUACAGGUUUUUUCCCGUACCAUUUAAGUAGAAAUGAGACAUGCAGAGGAAAAGGGGUUUAUGGUAGGUUGGGGAGGGUGGAAAAGGUACCUAGAAAUCCCAGCUGGAAUAGCCCACCCACAAGGUGUCAACCCGUAGCCCCUGAACCUCCAAGCUGGACUUACCACCUGCCUUUCAAGGGCAUGGAUUUUCUGAGGACCCAUGCUGGAAAGCAGCAUCCUUUAAAGAAAAGAUGUGCAGAUGUGAGCUUGUAGUCUGUGGAGUUGGUAUAACAGGGAAGAAAGAGCUGCAUCUGGACGGUUACCUCCCAGGUGAUCUGUCUGUCUUUUUGAAAGACCAUUCAGAUUUCUUUCCUCUUCUCAUAAAUCCCAAAUGUCCCUUCAGGUUCUCCUGGGAGCUGAGGGGGUGAGGGAUUGUUGAAACUUCUGCCACCCUUACUACCAUUUAGAGUCUAGUACUCAGUGGUGUUUAGUUGUCUCUUAUUACAGUGUUUAGAUUUUCAUAGUGGCACCGUCUCCUGAGAUUAAAUGUGAAAUCAGAAGUUAGGAAAUCCUGCAGAGAGUCCUAGAGUCAUGGUGUUUUGCUCUGCCUUUGGAAAUAAAGGAAUAUGAGAGGGAGAAGACCUGGAGGACCUGGGCUCAUGGGCCUGCAUCCUGCCUGACCUGGGCAUUCUCUUUCUGGAGGCAGACUCUGGGGUGGUUCCUUCCCCAUCCUCCUGGGAAGCGAUGUGAAAGGUGUCCAAGGCAGGGAACAUUUAAAUUUUAAUGCUUGCUGUCUCUCCUUCCCAAUCCCCCUCCCCCAAUGUAUCAGGAUAACAUUUCUAAAACCAGGAGUUUACAUUUAUAAUUUUUAAAAAAACACACUUUUCAGCUGAAAACUUGCAUGUUUUGGUUAAAGAUUCCCCCCUUCUCCCUGCAUCUGGGAUUCAGCUCAAGGAUUCAAUGUCCUGCUUUGGGUGACUGUAUUUUGCAAAAUCACCCCCAGGAAGUCAGAAAACAAGUCUCAGUUCUUUCAUCCUCUGGGUUUGGGGAGUGUCACUCACCAUGGUAACAUGGGGGAGCCUGCACUCCAUCCCGGUGGAUGUCAGAGCAUCCUCCCUUUCUUUGAUACACCUUUUCAAGAUGAUAAAUUCUUAUUACUUGUAACUUGGUUGUAUUUUAUAUUAAUAGCCUUUAAUAAAGCCAUUUAAAAUAUGUGGGAUGUGUAUUUUGAGGCCUUUACCAGAGUCAGGAAGCCUAUUAAGAUGCUUGCUGUUGAACACAAAAAAGAAUAAAGGAUUCACACAAGUUUAAGGCAGUGAAACUCCUCAGCAAGUCGACUUGGCCUGACAGGCCCAGUGCCUUGUCCCGCAGGUGAGUGGGCAGCAAUGGUCCAGGCACAAUGGUCCCACACAGCCCUCUGGCGACGUGGAAGCCUUGGCAAGUCUUUUCAAAGACAGAAUUACUGCAUCAAGUGACUGGCUCAGAAAGCUUCUCCUUGAGUCUUGUUGCAGCUGAUUUUUCCGGAAGAAUCCUUUUCCAUUCACGACAGUAUCGAAAUGGUAAAUUAGCAAUGGUAGAUGGAGAAUUUUUACCUGUAAUUUUCCG